AUGCUAGCAUUCAGAACCAAAGGAUACAACGGGUAUGGAGUUCAAUACUCACCCUUCUUCGAUAACAAAAUAGCAGUUGCCACAUCUGCCAAUUAUGGAUUAGUUGGAAAUGGGCGAUUAUUUAUCCUCGGAAUAGAACCCAAUGGAAAUAUUCAAGAACAAAUAUCAUGGGAGACUCAAGAUGGGUUAUUUGAUGUUGCUUGGAGUGAAAUACAUGAAAAUCAAGUAGUUACUGCCAGUGGAGAUGGUUCUAUAAAAUUAUUUGAUUUAACAGUGGGACAAUUCCCAGUCAUGAAUUGGAAAGAACAUCAAAGAGAAGUAUUUUCAGUUAAAUGGAAUCCUGUAGAUAAAACAAGUUUUGUAUCUUCAAGUUGGGAUGGAUCUAUCAAAAUAUGGACGCCACAACGUCCAGACUCAUUAUUGACAUUAAACCCUGCUUCAAUUGACUAUACCACCAGAGCAACGAAUCCAGCAGCACAAUCAUCGACUCAUUUACCUCCAUUAUCGCAUCAACAAGCACAUCAACAAUCUGCACAAAUAAACACUGCCAAUUGUAUAUAUUCAGCCCAAUUCUCCCCACAUUCCCCAUCUAUGUUAAUAAGUUGUAACGGAGCCUCAAAGGUCCAAAUAUGGGAUAUCAGAGCGCCAAAUCCAUUACAAAUGCAAUAUGUUGCUCAUGGAGGAUUGGAAGCAUUAUCCUGUGAUUGGAACAAGUAUAAAUCAACAGUUGUAGCAUCAGGUGGGACCGAUAAAUCAGUACGUGUUUGGGAUUUACGUAUGAUUUCCAAAAUUGAUCAACCGUUAGUCACGAGUCCAAUGGCAGCAUCUCAUGUCAGGGGACCAACUCCAUUAAACGACCUAGUGGGACAUGAAUUCGCAGUCAGGAGGGUACAAUGGUCUCCUCAUAAUGCAAAGGAAUUAUUGUCUACUUCAUAUGAUAUGACCGCGAGAGUGUGGACUGAUGAAUCGGAUGAAAGAGCUCGUUUCUUGAAUACUAAUAAAGGGGGAUUACAAGGAGUGUUUGGAAGUCAUAAGGAAUUUGUCAUUGGAUGUGAUUACAGUUUAUGGGGUGAGCCGGGAUGGGUUGCUACUACGGGCUGGGAUGAAAUGGUCUAUGUUUGGGAUUCUAAGCGUCUACCAAGAGGUUAG